AUGAAAACCCUCGCUUUCGUGAUCGCUCUACUAGGGGUCACGGGAGUAAUCUCGGUGACUGGACUAGGAGAGAUGGAGGUGGACUCGUGGUGUGUUACAUACGUCUCUACCUACCUUGUUCCAGUUGCCAAUCAAGGAGACCGCCCGACGAUCGAGCCAGGGGAGGAAGAGCCAGAGGAGGAAAAGCCAGCAGCUGAGGACUCGGGUCGACUCCCUUUCGCACCAUCUCUUCGGCCGACAUUCGCAAGGAAUGUAUCUUCAUUAACUGGUAAUGCGUUGUCCGGCUCGUCUCUUGUUAGCUCCGAGCCUUCCAUCUCAGCCGGUCGGCCACAGGGACAAUCGGUCGCUGAAACGCGGUCUUCUGACCCGACUGCCGGUGAUUCAGUAUCUAUCACCAGUACCAACAUAGCACCUACUUCCAGUGACUUGGAAUCCAUAAUCAACACUAACACGAACACCAUAACUACGUCUAGUGAAAUGGAACCUGUCGUCAGUACCAAUAGCAUACCCACUUCGAGUGGUAUCGUCGAACCCGAAGGCCGGUCCAUUAUCUUCCAAGUUUCAAUCCCCGAUAAUCCCGAUAACGAGAAGCGCAGUAUCAAGAAGCGUGUAUCAGGGGGCUUUGUUGGCAAUGAUAACCCAGGAACUUGUACCUUCGCCAAUGUCUUCAACCUUGCAGACGGUCAACUCUUUGAGGGUGGCAUACCGAUCUACUACUCGUCGGGCGAAGACUAUAAAGAACUCUCUGGACAAGACAUUCCUUCGAAGGGGGCCAUCAAAUCCACGUUCUUGGUUAGCCAACAAAGUCUUGUGUUUAAAAACCCAAGGUUGCCUAAUGGAGAUGCAGGCUUCUGUCAGGACACUAAUGGCCGGGUCUAUAUCACAUUUACAAAUGGACCUCCGGGCUGUACGGUGGUCAAUCUGGCUGUAUAUGAUGUGGUCCAAUGUCAAAAUGGCCGACUUGUUGGGGGAGAGGGUUCAUCUACUACGUCCUAUGCUGCUACCUUUGAGACAAUGAAUUCCAAAGUGAGCACUAUUGAGACCACCUCCACGGUAUUGGACGAAUCGCUACUUCUGUCGAAAUCCGAGGCUAUCGAUAGUUUUACGAGUAUUGUUCACUUUGAAACAGCCCACCCAGUUACCGAGUUAUCCCUUAUAACGUCCGCCUCACUCAUGGCUAUCGCCACAACCACUACUGUGGCCACGGUGUCGGAUUCCUCGAUGGUAAAGUCCUCGACAGUGUCUAUUCCUGCGGAGGAGAUGGGUAGCGGGCGAUCAUCAAACACGCAAUUCCAUGAUUUCUCUUCCUCAGACACAGCCACACGUCCAUCCUCGUCAGAUGAAUCCUUUUCAACUGACUUGAACACUGAAAUCGUCGAGUCAACAUCACUAUCAUUUGUUAUUUCGACGGGUAUAUCGACAUCACAGAUACCACUGUCAUACGAUUCAAGCAGUGAUCCCGCAGAUACAGCGACUGAGUCAAUAGACAUCACAACUGAACUGGCAAAGACAACGACCAGACCACUACAAACACCAGCAUCAAUCGAGUCAGGUACCGAGCCUGUAGACACAGAUGCCAAGUUGGUAGAUACCACAACUGAAUCGCUCGAGAUAGCAACUGGGUCGGUGGAUACCACAAUUAUAUCGGCGGACACUACACUUGAACCAGCAGAGACAACGACUGAGUCAGUAAGCAUACCUACGUCGAUUGAGUCAGGUAAAGAGCCUGUAGACAUAGCUACCGAGACGGCAGAGACAGCGACUAAGUCGGUAGAAAUAUCUCUAUCAUCAGAGUCAAGUAUCGAGCCGACAGAAACCAAAGUUGAUCCGGUGGAUACGACGACUGAAGUGGCAGAGGAAACACCUCGGCUGGCAGAUACAACAACGGGAUUGGCAGAGACGACGACUGAAUCAGUAGACUCCCCAACGGAGGAUGCGUGUGUCGCAGGAAUUACCAACCCAGCUGGAUUGCCACCACUUGAGGAACGCAAAGACGAUUGCUCUGCUAAUAAUGUUGUCACCGUUAGCCCAUACACAGUGACCGUUACAGAAACUCUAAAGAGGCGUUUUGUUUGGGUCGUACCCACAACUUGGCCACCAACGCCUACCAAGAAGCGUGUCGCCCGGGAUGAAGGUGAGGCUACCACCAUAUUCCCUACCGAGUACCUGGAUACCUAUGCCACAUACUGUGAAAAUGCCGAUGACUACUAUGAUGCGUGCUCGAGCCUUGGCGUCGUCCAGUCUACAACGACAUUGCCUACUCCGACGACCACAGAGGAGAACCCCAUUUGCCGUGCAAAGGAAAUAGUAAAGAGGGCUGGUGAAGCUAUGGGUUAUGAGUUUGAGAACCACUGGGAACUGAUGACCAUGCCUGGUUAUACUAUGAUAGCAAUCUGA